AUGAAUGAUGAGCCAGAAAUAUCUCCCGACUUACCUAUUAACGACGGACAGUGGGCGAUUGACCACAGCGAAGAUCCCGAUAAGUUCGUUACUAUUACUGAAAAAAACAGGGAUUUAGCACAUACAUAUCACGAUAGAUUAUGUUCAGAUGCAGAUAUGAUUCAAUUUGCGAAAGUCACCGACGAUGAUCCAGAUACGUUAAUGGACAUGUCUAGAAGAGAAAG